AUGAUUUCUGGGCCGACACGUUCCAUCCUGCGACUGCUUUCUUCCAGGGCAGCGCGUUUCCCCAUCGAAACCAUCGUCGUCAGUUUCGUCCUGGUGACCUUGGCCUACUUUCAAAUUGUCCACUCCAUCAAACACUCUGACUUCCUCUCUGGAGGGCACAAUAACCCACUGUCCACAUUAAGACCGUCUGUGACACGAAAAAUCGGAAACGAGUGGGUUCCCGCUUCCGAAGAUACCUGGACUGAGGUCCCCCUUCCACGUAAUGCCAAAGUGGAUCUCGUCCAGGUCAUCUUCAGUUUAGAUGAGCCGUACAAAUACUUACGGUCGGGUCAAUAUGCUACAUCUUUCCCUUCAACCAACCCGCAUACAUCCAACAUCACUCUCGCAUCCAAUAUUCUCUCGGAACCGAUUGAGCGGCUCAUAGACUACAUUAUACACGACUUUAGAGCAAAGGGUGGAUUGUCCUACUCCUCGUUAUGUUACAGAAUUCCGGCGGCAUUGCAAUGUUUCCUCUCCGUUCACCGGACUCCACGAACGCAGAUUCUCACCUUAGCCUUCCCGGUCUCGGGGAGUAACAGAUUCAUCGAUGCUCUGUCCUCCUUCCAACUGCCUUCCAACAAUGAGUUAAGGAGCCUUCUCUCUCAAGUCAGUUUUGACAUCAUAGGUAAGGAGGAGGCGAUUGCGGAGAUGCCAAGCGGCAAGUGGGUUGCCUACGCAGGUCGUGCAAUGAUACUCCGCUUUUGGAAACUCACAAAGAAGGCAGACUCCGCCGACAUCUUGAUUGUGCUUCUAGGCUACAUUCUUAUGCAUGCCACCUUCGUUAAUUUAUUCUUGAAUGCCCGAAAGCUGGGCUCUAACUUCUGGCUAGCCUCCACGGUCCUCAUCUCUGCUGUCUGCGCCUUCAUCAUCGCCCUCCCCAUAGCAAACUACAUCAAAAUCCCUCUCGACCCCAUUGGAAUAUCAGAGGCGCUGCCUUUCUUGGUCAUCACUGUCGGAUUUGAUAAACCCCUAAGAUUAGUGAAAGCAGUCGUGGAUCACCCGGGUCUGUUACCUCCAAAUCUCCUGAACGGAAACGCUCCACGUACCGGGGGCAUGCCUCGAAGGAAAAGCAAGACAGCUAGCGAGAUUGUGCUUGAAGCGGUGGAUCAUGUUGGUCCGUCGAUCGUGAGAGACUAUGUAGUAGAAAUCUUGGUCCUUUUGGUUGGAGUCGGAAGUGGCGUUGGUGGAUUGAAGGAGUUUUGUUCUCUGGCCGCGCUGACGAUGGGCAUUGAUUGCUUUGCACUCUUUACGAUGUAUGUGGGCAUUCUUGCUGUCGUCGUUGAGGUUCGUCGGAUUAAAGCCAUGCGUGCGACGAAGAAGGCUAUUGAGAGCUCGAGGUCCUCGAGAGCAAGUUCGCCCAUAAUUACAACCUCUCCGGUGUCACCCACUGCGCCGUGGCACAAGCGCAUGAUAGAUUCCGUUAUUGGCGAGAAAGGGGGUGUAGAUGGGUCAAGCGAUGGGAAUAAGCCUGUGAACCCUGUCGCUCGCCUCAAGUUACUCUUGAUCGUUUCGUUCUUAACUUUACAUAUUCUCAACCUUUGCACUACGCUUGCACCGGCAACUGCACUUCACCGCCACUCAGCAUUCUCAGCCACAUCCACCUCGCCCAUCGUCGCUCCUUCCGCCAUUUCGGAAAUAUCCUUACAGAUCCAAACACGCAUCGAUAUGUCUUCUCCGGCAGUCGUUUCUGCUCUCUCCGCCAUAGCCUCAGCUCACCCGCAGAAUGGCGCCCAACCUGUAGUACGCAUCUCAUCCCCCGUUUUCAUUCGUGUGAUCCCCAACACCACACACGACCUUGACGAAGAUGGUGAUGCUUCGAGGAAGGAAUCACUUGAAAUCCUAGAAUCAUUCAUGACAGAGUGGUCAAUGUUCGUUGGGGAUCCGGUCGUCUCCAAAUGGAUCGUUAUUGUUUUAUUCGUCUCCGUGUUCUUGAAUUGGUACCUGCUCAAAGGGCCUGCUGCAUCUUUAUUCGUCUCCUCUUCCCCACCCGGUGGUGUUACUUUCGCUGAUUGCCCCGACGGUGGCCUCGCACUGAAGCGCAAACGAGGAUGGAGUAGUGCCCGUGCGUCAGAGUUUGAUAAUGACGAUUUGGGAGAUGCACCUCCACUUUCGCUCGGGCCCCCUCGUCCUAAGUCUCAUGCUUCCUCAUCGAAUAUUAGGUUAAAGGAUUCCAACUGCGUUGCUCUCAGAUUCCAACCUGAAGGCGUCGCAGGUUCAUCAUCAUCAGAGAGGUCAUCUCCCACCGGCCCCGUUACGCCUGCGAGUGAAUCUGAACCUGCUCUUCGAGCUGCCGUAGAGAAGCUUGCUAAUGGUCCGAAGCCAAUCGCCCCGGAACCUAUUCGAAUUGUUUCGCUCGACACGAACGGCGUGAAUCCAGCCCAGCGAUUCGAAGCAUUAGUUCAGGAACAUGAUUCUGACACGCGUGAGACGGAUCUUGGUGUAGAACGGAGACCUUACGAAGAAUUGUUAUCCUUGUUCGAGAUGAAUCCUUCUAACGUGAAGGAGAUGUCGGAUGAAGAGGUUAUUCUCCUUGGGCAGAAGGGCAAGAUACCAGCGUAUUCGCUGGAAAAGGUCUUGGGUGAUUUUGAGCGUGCCGUUCGUGUUCGUCGUGCUCUUAUUUCCCGAGCUUCGCACACCAAGACUCUGGAACAUUCCGAUAUUCCCAUGUCUGAUUACGACUAUUCUCGAGUGUUCGGAGCAUGCUGUGAGAACGUUGUUGGCUAUAUUCCCAUUCCUCUCGGCAUUGCGGGUCCACUCAUGAUCGACGAUGAAAUGUGUCCCAUUCCAAUGGCUACUUCGGAAGGCACACUUGUGGCAUCGACAUCGCGUGGAUGCAAAGCCUUGAAUGCUGGGGGAGGUGUCACGACUGUCCUCACUCAAGACGGGAUGACACGUGGGCCAGCCAUCGAAUUCCCUUCUAUCAAGCGAGCUGCCCAGGCCAAACUAUGGAUUGAUUCGCCAGCCGGGUCUGCUGUUUUACGCGAUGUCUUCGAUGCGACGUCUCGUUUUGCGAGAUUACAAAAGUUGAAGUGUGCGCUUGCUGGGCGGACGCUGUACGUUCGCUUCGCGACGACGACGGGAGAUGCUAUGGGUAUGAACAUGAUUUCUAAGGGUACUGAGAAGGCACUUGAAGCCAUGUCGGAACAUUUUCCUGAUAUGCAAGUACUUGCUCUUUCUGGGAAUUAUUGCACGGACAAAAAACCAGCUGCGAUCAAUUGGAUCGAAGGCCGAGGAAAGAGCGUGGUUGCGGAGGCGAUCGUCUCUGGGAAGGAUGUCAAGUCCAUUCUCAAGACUACCGUUGCGGACUUGGUCAACCUAAACCUCAAAAAGAACUUGGUGGGGAGUGCUAUGGCUGGCUCUAUUGGUGGAUUUAAUGCCCAUGCUGCGAAUAUCUUGACGGCCAUAUUCCUUGCUACUGGUCAGGAUCCAGCGCAGAACGUCGAGAGUUCGAAUUGCAUUACAUUGAUGGAAGCUGUCAAUGAUGGAAGGGACCUGUUGAUGACCUGUUCUAUGCCUUCUAUCGAAGUUGGGACUGUUGGUGGAGGGACGGUGCUCGCACCCCAAGGAGCCGUUCUUGACGUGCUUGGCAUUCGAGGUGCUCAUCCCACUUCUCCCGGUCACAAUGCUCGUCGAUUGGCUCGUAUCAUCGUCGCUGCUGUCAUGGCAGGGGAGCUUUCGCUUUUGAGCGCGUUGGCCGCCGGACACCUCAUCAAGGCGCACAUGCAACAUAAUCGGAGUGUUCCUGGGACUCCACUACAAUCACGACCGACCACCCCUGCCCCUUUUGCGACCUUAGACAAGAUUAAUGGGCGGACCACCAGCGAAAACGAUGCAUCGUCGUCCACACCUGCGCAGAGCGUUAUAUCAAAAGCAUAACCUAUCGUGACAUUUUUUCGUCGGAUCUUUUUGUUGACUUUUGUGGGUUUUUUCUUAAUGGCCAGUCCCUCCAGUGUGUGCCCAUCAAUCCGGCCCAUUCACAUACAUACCAAUAUCCAACUCGCUCCCCCAACUAUUACUAUUUAAGCCUGAUUCGAUUCGUUGGACGUUCACCGGAAGGUGCUGCUUGCUUGUGCAUGUCGGAUUUCUAAUUUUACAUCCAUUCUCCGGUCCCAAAGGACUUGAGACAUUGUAAUUUACGAAUGACUUAAACAAUAAUAUUCUUGGAAUGGAAUGAUCAUGACUAUUCUCA